AUCUUCUUCUUCUUUCACGUACGAAACAAAAACACACACUUGACGAAUCCUCUUUAGAACAAUAAAGCUCAAAGCAGAAUCGAAUCAGUAUGAAUUUCUGGAUCAAAGCGAUGAAGCGUUGAGUUUAAGUAUUAGCAGAAUUUGUUUUGGCGUAAAGAAAGGUAUUCAUGUUAUCCAUCCCUGAUACCAGAAUGUGGAAUCUAGCAUCGAGUUAUCUAACCGGAAACAUGGGACCGAAACACGAAAUAAGAAGACCAGUUCAUCCUCAUGCGGAAUGUUCAGAUGACGAUGCAUCUUCUGUAGGCAGUAAAGACGAAGGUCUCGAGUGUCCUAUUUGCUGGGAAUCAUUUAAUAUCGUUGAAAACGUUCCUUAUGUGCUAUGGUGUGGACACACAAUGUGCAAAAACUGCAUUUUAGGACUUCAAUGGGCUAUUGUGAAAUUGCCUACUCACCCAGUUCAGCUUCCUCUAUUCAUUUCAUGCCCGUGGUGCAACCUAUUGUCCUUCCGUCUUGUCUUUAGAGGAACCCUCAGGUUCCCUAACAAGAACUACUUUGUGCUUUGGAUGGUCGAGAGGAUGAAUGGUGAGAGACGCAACUCACCCGGUAGAGCUCAAACGGAUGGAAACAAUGAUCAUACAAGGGAAACUCCAUCUUCAUGUCUCCACAAUCGCCAUCAUCGCAGUCAACCUGUACAACCAGGUUCUGUUAAUGAUCAUCACAUUCCCAGGGACAACAUACAAACUUCAUUGAGAAAGUCUCUGGUCUUCUUCAUCCAGUUGACAGCAAAGUUCCCAUUGGUAGUCAUAUUUCUGCUGAUAAUACUCUAUGCAAUACCGACCAGUGCAGCCAUAUUGGCUAUGUACAUUCUAAUCACUCUCUUGCUGGCUCUACCAUCAUUUCUCAUCCUCUACUUCGCGUAUCCUUGUCUCGACUGGCUUGUCCGAGAAAUUGUCACAUGAACUUUCUACGAAUGCUUUCAGAAGCUUCCCACUCCUAAUUUGACGACUUUUCUUCAACAACUGAGUCCCAAGAUUGGUCCAUCCUUCAUGUAAGUAUAACAAUUUUCUUUCUUAUCUAUAUAUGGUUGUAGUUCUAAAUUGCAUUGUUGCUCUAUGGAAGCUGAACAAGAGACAUUUGUAUGUGUUGUAACGGCUCCUACAGAAACUUUAUAGUAUUGUACUAUUCGAGGAUUUGUCAGUGAUUGUUUCAGGUUUUGUCUCAAUAAGAUUUGUAUAUAAAUUUUCAUUGGUUUUUCA